CGUACAUCGUUUUUUGCGCUAACUUCCGCGAAACGGCCGAAUGCUAAUUAUCUCGAGCUUUCUAUCCCGAAACUUCACAUUUCGCGUCGCGGGCAUUCACUAAGGCAAGACAUGGACGACACAAAUAACAGUAAUCGGCGAAUAGAUACGCCGCCGCCGACAUACGAUAGUUUCACCUACGCGAGGGAUAUAGAUCUUACCCCCGUGGCUCAUUCUUUCAACGACGAUGGCAUUUACGCGUUCCAGACAGGCUUCACAGCACUGAAUACUCCAAAUUCUGGACUGGAAACCCGCAGCCCCGAAACCGUCACUCCUUUACAACUCAGCUUCGAAAUACCCUUCUCUAGCCCAAGCUUCUCGACUGAGACGGCCGUGCACUCAGCGUCCUCAUCAACAUUCGACUCAAUUCUCGCCUCUAGCAUCGACCCAUCUUCCACCAAGCGUCGACGUCACAGCACAUGGACCGCCGGCAGGGAAAACCCCUCAUCCUCCUCCAUCGCAAAAACAACAGGUAGGCGGCAAAAAUCCGAAAAUGCUGAGCCCGGCUCAGCGCGAGCUAUCUACCUCGAAAAGAACAGAAAAGCGGCUAGCAAAUGCAGGGGCAAGCAACGAAUACAGCAGCAAGAGCUCGUCGACACGGCACGGGAAAUGGGGAGCAAGAACAAGCAGCUCAAACGAAAAGUAGAGUCUCUCAAGAGCGACAUGCGGAAUCUAAUGAUGAUUGCUGGUCAACAUUCGAAUUGUCCGGACAGGAGGUUGAAGAUAUAUGUCCAGCGUGAGGCGGAUCGAUUGAUUUUUCGCAAGACCACCUCUGCAAAAACUUUGGCAACGGAUACCGAAGCUAUUGCAUUCAAGAACAGCCACGAUAUUCACCCGAGUAGUCAAGAAACUUCUCAUACUUCUUGAUGGGCUAUCACUAUUUU